GUCUCUUUGUACGUAUACAUAUCAUCACUAGAGACAUAUCUUCUGGCAGACUCUCUAAUUUAUUCCGAGCAAGAAAAAAAAAAGGCGGAGAAAAAGGAAAAAAAAAAUCCAAUUCUUUUUCAAUUUUUCUUCCUUGACAUUAUCUAAGCUCGCGAUUUGCUCAAAUGGAUACAAUUUAGAAAAGUAAAACUCCACCAUCAGAAAUUGGAAAAAAGGAAGAAGAAGAAAGAAGUGUAAGAAGGAGCUGAAAAUCGAGUGUCUUGCGAAGGUUUUCCGAUCAUGGCCGUGGUCGAAAAUGUCGGGGCAGACUCGGUGACGUCAUCGAAUACGAACGGUCAACCGAACGCCGCCGCCGCCGCGGAUCAUCACCAGCAGCAGCCGACAAAAGCCGCCCCCAACACCCAAAAGUCAACCAAGCCUGCCGAUCAGAAUAUCCAGCUUGCGCAGGAGAAGGCCUCCAACGGCCACCACGACCCGAUCAACGGCGACGGGGUGGCGCCGGAGAGGAAAUCGAGCGGCGAGGAGGACGACAGAAGUGAAGGGUUUAAGAGGGAGAUGAGGGAUUUGGAGGAGAUGCUCUCGAAACUAAACCCCAUGGCCGAGGAGUUUGUGCCGCCGUCCCUUUCCUCAUUCGCCGGCGGACAGCAAAGGUAUCUGGUGGCGCCGCCGCAUGUCGUGGCGGCAGCUGCGGCAGGGCAUUUUGGGUUUGCCACGAACGGUUUUCUGAUGCAGCAGCCUGUGAGCCCUGGAGCUCAAAACGGCAAUUCCCUUAGAAAGAAGAAAAAUGGUUAUGCUCACGGAAAACGGAGGACUAAUUCUCGAACGAGCCUUGCUCAGAGGGAAGACGUGAUCAGGAGGACUGUCUAUGUUUCUGACAUUGAUCAUCAGGUUACUGAGGAGCAGCUUGCAGCACUCUUCAUUAACUGUGGACAGGUCGUGGACUGCCGUGUUUGUGGUGAUCCCAAUUCCGUGCUUCGUUUUGCCUUCGUUGAAUUCACUGAUGAGGAAGGGGCAAGGAAUGCUUUGAGCUUGAGUGGGACCAUGCUUGGAUACUAUCCAGUGAAAGUGCUGCCUUCCAAAACCGCAAUUGCGCCUGUUAACCCGACUUUCUUGCCAAGAUCUGAGGAUGAAAGGGAGAUGUGUGCAAGGACUAUUUAUUGCACUAACAUUGACAAAAAGGUUACUCAAGCAGAUGUUAAGCUCUUCUUCGAGUCUCUUUGUGGAGAGGUUCAUCGUUUGAGGUUGCUUGGCGAUUAUCAUCACGCCACUCGUAUAGCAUUUGUGGAGUUUGUAAUGGUAAGAAUGUUGUGUUUUUGUCUUAGUUAUAUUGCUGAUAGUGCAAUAGCUGCUCUCAACUGCAGUGGUGCUGUCUUAGGAUCACUGCCUAUAAGGGUAAGCCCAUCAAAGACUCCU